AUGGAUGACCCUUCGCAUAUUCCACCCACUGCCCCAGAGAGACGACAUCAUGCAUUAACAAAUCCUAUUUGUGCCCGAGGUCAAGGUCGAGGUCGGGGUCAUGAUAUUAUGUUGGAGGAAGCACCUCAAAUCUUGGAAGAGGAUGUGAUUGAUAAUGCUUUAGGGGAUGAUGAUGCUGCUGCUGAUGUUGAUCAAGUUGAGGAGGCACUCACUGGUCCGUUUCCUAGGGGGCCAUCAGAUCCAUCAAUACUGAAGAGCUUCAAGGCACAUAUUGCAGCAGCAAUAUGGGAUCAAAAGGAGAGGAAUUCCUUAAGGUGUUAUAAUCAUGCGUCCAAGAUUCUUGAGUGGCGGUGGUGGUCAAGAACCGACAAUAGAAGGUUUAGAGACAUUGUGCAGCAGUCAGGCCUAUCUUCUUUGGUCCAUUUCACAUAUCGGUUCGUGAAUAGGAUUGUCAUUUCUGCAUUUGUUGAGAGAUGGCAACCAAAGAUAAAUACUUUUCAUUUGAAAGUUGGUGAGAUGACAAUGACAUUGGAUGAUGUGGGUACCAUCUUGGGGAUCCCUAUCACAGGCAGAUCAGUUAGUGCUACAACUUUGACAGAUCAACAGGCACAUGCACUUGUGGUAGCUGCAUUGGGAGUUGAUGAUGCUGAAGCAAUUGAGGAGCUAUCAUCUGCUAGAGGACAAUCAAUAAAGCUGGAGUGGUUACGGAGAAAAUUCAGUGGUUGUAAAGAUUCAGACACCAAGGAGUCCAUAGUUUGUGUCGCCAUAGCGUAUUUGUUAUUUCUAUUGGGAUGUACACUAUUCAGCGACAAGAGUGGGACGAGAGUUCUUGUUGUGUACUUGCAGUUGUUGAUGGAUGUGACUGAUAUUCAUACAUAUGCUUGGGGUGUAGCUGCAUUGGCAUAUUUAUAUAGAUAG